AUGCGAAUCGAAGAGGGAUUUCAGCAGACGCCUUAUGAUGUCCUCCAUCCGUACGCUGAUGAUACGGUCCUACCUAGUCUCCUACGACGAUUGCUGCCGCAGAGUGCCCGCGAAGAAAUAGAAGCGGAUUUGAUACGAUGUGGGAAACGUCUCGUCGAAGAGAUACGUCCUCUUUCAGCCAUAGUUCACCACCCAACUUUGGUUCAGUAUGACCACUGGGGCCAUCGAGUGGACGAACUCCACACUUCUGAAGGGUGGCGUAAGUUGGAAGAGUUCGGCAUCAAGGAGGGUUUUGUUUCGAUUGCGUACGAAAGGAAAUAUGAUGCGUUGAGCAGGGUUUAUUCGUCCGCAAAGAUACUAGCCAUGACGGGUGAUUGCCAUGUAGUUAUGUGCCCGUUGGGUAUGACGGAUGGUGCCGCCAGAAUAAUUGAGGUGUCAGGGACGGAAGAGAUGAAACGAGAGUUAUUGCCUAGGUUGAUCAGUCGUGAUCCGUCCUUCGCAUAUAUGGCGGGACAGUGGAUGACGGAGCGUCCUGGCGGCUCCGACGUCUCCCAGUCCGAAACCACUGCGAUACCGACAACUCGCAUCCCGUCAGAUCUUGGCCCCCCCUACCUUCUCAGCGGCUUUAAGUGGUUUUCUAGUGCUGCAGAAGGCAACAUGGCCGUCGCCCUCGGCCGUACAAGUCCAGUAUCCCAAGCACCCGGGUCUCGUGGUCUCUCCCUCUUCGUCAUACCCCUCCGUCAUGGUGCUUAUCCAACACCGCUCAGCAAUGGAGUGCGGAUGCAUAGGCUGAAGAACAAGUUUGGAACGCACGGUGUGCCUACUGCCGAGCUCGAGUUGGAAAAUACAAGAGGAUGGUUAAUUGGGGAACUUGGACAGGGCGUGAAGACUGUCGCGACCGUGCUCAACGUCACCAGGAUCCUUUCUGCUCUCCAUUUGUCGGGAAGCUUACAGCGAUCCAUUUCCAUCGCACGAUCAUACGCUCUAGUCCGCACUAUCGAUGGAGGGAAAACACUGCUCAGCAACGCACCUCUUCAUGUGGCUACCCUGGCCGACGCCACACUUCUCUACCGGGCUGUCACCUAUAUGGCAUUCGGCACCAUCGAGCUUCUGGGAAAGAGUGAAUGCGGGGCAGCAAGUGAAGAAGAGGAGAUGCGGCUUAGGAUGCUGACUCCGGCCGUGAAGGCAUAUGCAUCUGUCAGAUGUCCGACGGCAAUGGAAGAGAUGAUGGGUGCGCUUGGAGGGUUGGGGUAUAUGGAAGAAGUGGGAAUCGGGAGAUUGAUCAGAGACAGCUUAGUGGAGAGAAUCUGGGAGGGAACUGUCAAUGUUCUCGCCCUUGAUCUUGUCCGAGCAACGAAGAAGCCGAGGGUGGUGGAAAGCUACAUGGCGUGGGCUCAAUCCGUGAUCUCGUCAAGUGCUGGAGUCAUGGAGCUUUCCGCUGCCCGCAAGACUAUAGAGCGCCUCCAAGGGCUCUUACAGAACCUCCUUCGGCUCCUCUCCCACGCACUCACCAACCCUCUCCUGCCACGUAUCGCCCUGAAUUAUUUUGCCAGCAUUUCUUGUGGCCUUUAUCUGCUCCAGCACGCCAUCUGGUCGGUGGGCAAUAAAGAACAGGCUUGUGACGUUGAUCUUGAAGCAUUCCGGCGAUGGGUGGACGAAGGAGACAUGCAUACUUAUGCGCAAGAAGCAGAGGCGGUUCUGUCAGAAGACAAUAUAGCACGAGCAAAGCUCAAUUCGCAGCUGGUGUAUGGAGCCAAGCUUUGA